UCAAAAUUUGUCAAACCAGCUUUUGAUGACUUCAUACUCCCAACAAAGAAAUAUACUGACAUCAUCAUUCCCCGUGGUGGAGACAAUCAUGUCGCGAUUGACUUGAUUGUGCAACAUAUCCAUACAAAACUUGGUCAGCAUAAUCUCUGUAAAAUAUAUCCAAAUCUUUCUGUGAUCCAGUCAACUUUCCAGAUCCGUGGAAUGCAUACACUCAUACGAGAUGCGAAAACAACAACACAUGAUUUCAUAUUUUAUUCAGAUCGACUGAUUCGCUUGGUUGUUGAGCAUGGUCUAGGUCAUCUUCCAUUUAAAGAAAAGCAAAUUAUAACACCAACAGGGUCUGUUUAUACCGGCGUAGAGUUCUGUAAAAGAUUAUGUGGCAUUUCCAUCAUCAGAAGUGGCGAAAGCAUGGAGAAUGCUCUGCGGGCAUGUUGUAAAAGCAUCAAGAUUGGGAAGAUCCUUAUACAUAGGGAAGGUGAUAAUGGCCAACAGUUAGUUUAUCACAAUCUCCCGAUGGACAUUGCUGAUAGAAAUGUAUUACUUUUGGAUCCUAUACUAGGCACAGGCAACUCGGCUGUUCAAGCUAUUUCCUUGCUCUUGCAAAAAGGGGUACAAGAAAGCAAUAUAAUAUUUCUCAAUCUCAUUUCAGCUCCUCAAGGAGUGCAUGUUGUUUGCAAAAGAUUCCCAAGAAUCAAGAUAGUAACAUCUGAGAUAGAGUUCGGUUUGAAUGAAGAAUUUCGCGUCAUCCCUGGAAUGGGCGAAUUUGGAGAUAGAUAUUUUGGAACAGAUGAUAAUGAGGCGAUCUCUUGAUAAGAGACUCCAUCUAAAUUCUAUAUUUGCAAUAUUUUCACCGUUCGAAUGUCAAGGAGAACGUCAAGAUGCCACACGAUAUCAUCCAUGAUUUUUUGUUUUAUUCUUUUUGGUAAUUUUCUGUUCUUCUACUUGCAUUUUUGGAGAGCCCCAUUGAUGCACUGUGUUUUUGAGAAAAUGUGA